AUGGCUCUUAUCAUUGCAUGCACUCUUAUCGUCUUAGCCAGCGCAUGGAUUGUGAAACGGCGGUAUCAGGCCGUGAGGCAAUUGCCUUUACCGCCUGGACCUCCUGGACGUUGGCUUUUAGGAAAUACGCUGCCAAAGUCAUAUGCGCCGUUUCAAUUCGCAAAAUGGACAGAAAAAUACGGACCUGUGUUUACACUCAAACAGGGCCCUAGAAUUUUCGUGAUUAUAGGUCGUCACCAGGCUGCGGUGGAUAUCAUGGAAAAAGAGGGAGCAUCUCUCGCCGACCGCCCACGUUCUAUUGCAGCGCAUGAGACCUUAUCUGACGGAUUGAGAAUUCUCCUCGAGGGCAGUGGUGAGAGAUUGCGCCGGCUGCGCAGGGUCUUGCAUGCAGGCUUGCAACCCAAAGUUGCGGAGACCUAUGAGCCCAUUCAGAUCAGGAAUGCGAAGAAUGUGGUCCUGGACAUUUUAAAUGACCCAAAGAACCACCAAAAGCAUGCCAUGCGCUAUGCAGCUUCCGUGGUCAUGACCUUCACCUAUGGUAAAACCACCCCGACUUCGUACAUGGAUCCUGAAGUCAUUUCCGUCAAUAAAUCUCUUGCGCGAUUUGGUCGAGCUGUGAAGCCGGGAACAUACCUUGUGGACACGUAUCCAAUCCUGCGUUUCGUCCCAGGUUACCUGAGCCAGCUGAAGGCAUGGCACCAAGAAGAACUUGCCCUAUUUAACGGACAGUUGGACGUGGUGCGAAGACAGAUGGAUGAGGGAACUGCCAGGCCAUCCUUUGCAAAGUUCAUUUUGGAACACCAGAAACAGUAUCAGCUUGAAGACAAGGAACUGGCAUACGUUGCAGGAGGAAUGUUUGGGGCCGGUUCUGAUACAACUGCGUCUGCAAUCACGAUUAUGAUGAUGGCUGCUACCAUCCAUACGGAUGCACAGGCUCGCGUACAAGAGGAACUUGAUAACGUCGUGGGGUGUUCUCGACUGCCGACAUUUAGUGAUCAGGAAAUGCUGCCGCAGGUUACCGCGUUCAUGCUCGAGAGCCUCAGGUGGAGACCUGUCAGCCUUGGAGGCUUCGCGCAUCGUGCGACCAAGGACAUAAUUUGGAAGAACUACAUCAUUCCUGAGGGCGCGACUGUUGUUGGCAACCAUUGGGCUAUUGCAAACGAUCCUGAGGUUUUCCCAGAACCGCACGAGUUCAACCCUCAACGGUGGAUUGAUGAUACUGGCCAUGUGCGCGAUGAUCUCCGAUUCUUCGCUUAUGGUUUUGGCCGCCGUGUGUGUCCCGGCCAACAUGUUGCAAAUCGGUCUCUCUUCAUCAACACGGCUCUUAUUCUCUGGGCUUUCCGACUUUCUGAGAAUCCUGCAGCGAAGAUCGACACGCUCGCUUUCUCGGAUACUGCGAAUAUACAUGCUGCUCCGUUUGAGAUAUGUUUGGAGAAGAGGAUGGAUGAGAGCGUGAUCAGGGAACUGUGCACAUCUGGGGCAUUUGUGUAG